UCACACGGAUCCAGAGGAGCGUGAAUCAGGCGGAGGAGGAGCCGCGCGUUGACGCACAUCCACGGCGUAUUUCCACAGGAGGAGACGCGGACGGAGCUGCGUGGACCGGCUCAGGGGUUUUACGCACGAACGCUUUUUAUUAGAGGACGCGAAAAAGUCUCACCUGAGGUCCAAACGGCGGUCCAGCCUGUGGUCCAAAAGGAGGUCCAAAAGGAGGUCCGAAAAGGAGGUCCAAAAAGGAGGUCCAAAAAGGAGGUCCAAAAGGAGGUCCAAAAGGAGGUGCACGAGGAGGACGCCGGGUGCAUGAGACAGAUGCAACAGCGCUCCAUUCCCAGAGGAUCGGACUUCCAUCCCAACAUGUCUCUGGGAACCUUCCACCUCAUGCAGACCCUUAAAAACUCACCGGCGGCAUUUCGGCGUCGCUUCCGUCGCGACCGUACCGAGUCCCUAUCCCACGGCGACCCACUGUUCAAGGUCCACUACCUGGGAACCGAGAAGAUCUUCUCUCUGGACCGAGAACAGGCCCAGGACGCCAUCAACCACCUCCUGGACGGUAUCGCUAACGGGAAGAAGCUGAGCAAAGACCACGCCCUGGUGGUCCGGCCCAGGUACGUGGAGGUCAAGGAGCUGAGUACGGGUCGGCAGCUGACCAAGACCUACCUGCAGGACAUCGCCUACUGCGCCGCCGAUGCCAACCGGCCCAACGUCUUCCUGUACAUCUGCAAACACCACGGGCAGCAGCUGCAGUGCCGGGUGUUCUGGUGCAGCCGGGCCGAACGGGCCAGGGACAUGACGGCCUGUUUGGCGCAUUCCUUCCAGAAGGCGUUGAGCGACUGGCAGCAGGACGGUUCGGCCACGCUGCAGCCCGACAACAAGAACAAACGGAUGGACGAGUCCAACAACGGCCUGGCCAACGCCAAGAGUUCCACACUACCGGCAAGUCUGGGAAAAGUUCGCUGGAAGAAGAGGGGUUCGGUGUCUCGGAGCCCCCUCAGGACCGUCACCAGGAGGGGCUCAUCCUCCGACAGCUGGAACUGAACCUCCGCCGGACCCCCGUUCAUCCGACGACCAAACCUCGACGACUGCAUUUGAGGAAGUGGAACCAUGACGACCUGUGGGAGGGUGUGGACAUGACCAGCGAGUGGCUGCGAUUGGACGGUUUUUGGACGAUGCCGGGUCGCGUUGACUUUUGCGAUGGAAGUGUCCGAUGCGGUGCGAGACCCCGCUGGUGACCAGUUCCAACCAUAUGAGGACUGGACUGGUUUAAACCCACGGCCAAGAGCUCGGUCUGACCGACUAAACGGACAAACAACUGGAAAAGUGUUGAUUUUCAAAGGUCAUUUUUAUUUAACUGACAUUUGCUAAAGCUCUUGAUCAUUUUUUUUACAUUUUCUUUUAACCCUGUGGCACAAACAUGUUUGUCGUUGCUGUUUUUUUUUUUUUUUUUUUUUUUUUUUACAUGAAUGGAUAUUUGUAAUGUUUCCAGAACUUUAUUGACAUUGUACAUGUUCUAUCCUUAAGGUGCAUGAAUAGUUCCAAAUAAUACCAGCGCGUCUUUUCGGAAGUGAAUUAAAAUGGAAGUUGACCAAUAAUGGAUUUUUACAGGCGGAUCGUAUCGAUUGUUGGGUUCAUUGAGCAAUAUCACCCAGAAAACUGUUGAAAGUUGACUAUUGACAUGUAAAACUGAACACCUAAGUCAACAUAAUAAAUUAAUUAAUCAAUAAAUAAACAGCAGAAAUCUGGGUGAUUCUAGGUGCGAAUUUUUUUUUUUUUUUUUUUUUUACAACUUUUAAGGCAUAGUUCUGAUGAUGCUAAUGGUUUUUAUCAUGAAGUCGACCUAUUGUGGAUUUUUACAGGCCGAUCGUAUCGAUUGUUAGGUUCAUUGAGCGAUAUCACCCAGAACACUGUUGAAAGUUGACUAGUAAAGUGUAAAAAUGAACACUUAAGUCGACAUCAAGUCAAUCAGUAAAUAAACAGCAAAAAUCUGGGUGAUUCUAGGUGCGAAUUGUUGUUUUUUACUACUUUUAAGGCAAAGUUCUGGCGACGCUAAUGGUUUUUAUCAUGAAGUUGACAAAAGGUGGAUUUUUACAGGCGGAUUGAUUCCGAUUGUUGGGUUCAUUGAGCAAUAUCACCAAGAAAACUGUUGAAAGUUGACAAUUGAAGUGUAAAACUGAACACCUAAGUCAACGUAAUAAACUAAUCAAUCAAAUCUGGGUGAUUCUAAGUGCAAAUUUUUUUGCAAUUAUUUUUUACUACUUUUAAGGCAAAGUUCUGGUGAUGCUAAUGGUUUUUAUCAUGAAGUCAACCAAUAGUGGAUUUUUACAGGCCGAUUGUAUGCGAUUGUUGGGUUUAUUGAGUGAUAUCACCCAGAAAACUGAAAGUUGACUAUUGAGGUGUAAAAAUGAACACUUAAGGCAACAUUAAAUCAGUCAAUAAAUAAACAGUAAAAAUCUGGGUGCGAUUUUUACUCCUUUCAAUGCCAAGUUCUGCUGAUGCUAACGGUUGUUUUUCGUUUCAUCCUGGUGCUGAAUCUGUAAAACUCAACAUCUCAAAAGGUCAUUUAUGUCCAUGAAUUAUAACCAACAUGCGCCUGAAUUAGAAAUGAAAAAACCCAGUGUCAACAGAAUCCCACCCCAGGAAAAACAACCCCCGACUGUCCACGGCGGCAUUUGCAUUUAUGUGGAAAGCCUUUGGGGUGGGGGGUGGGAGUGUUUGCAUCCGAACACUGGGAACGCUGUGUUCCCGUGCGGAGCCUCGAUGUGGAAUGUGUGUCCGUGCACCUGCAUUCCGACCGGGGGGGAAAUUUGAGCCCCAGACUGGUCUUAAAGGCCCCGAAACCGACCGUGACUCUGCAUAUUCAACAGCCUCGGCGCCAAAUGAUACGAUGUGGUUGGACCCUGAGCCCGGCCUUCCCUCUGCGCCCUUUUUUCAACGUACCCUGGUGCAUUAAAGUGACACUUCUAGGCUCAGAUAUGUGCAGUGUUGCAUAACGCGCUCUCAUGACGGCGAUUAAGGUGUUAAGGUUUACACAUGUUUCAGACAGAGGAUGGUUCGGACCUUUUGCCUCUAUGCACCAUCACUCCUCAGUUAGUGUUUUUUUUUUUUUUUAAUUUUUUAAAUUUUUUUUGGACCAAAACUAAGCUAACAGUUGCCUGUGGUUUGGACUGAUGUGCCACUAGGUUUUUAUCUGUUCGUUUUGUCUUUUUUUUUUUUAUGUUCGUGUCUUUCAUCCCAAACUUCGAUCUCAAAACGAGGUUUGCUCCGACAUUUUAUCACUGUACUGUUUCGUCAUUAUGUGCAUAUUUAAUUAUGUAUUUUAUGAACUAUUAAAGCUUUUUCUAUGACA